AGCAGCGGCAGCGGCAGCGUGUCUGCUGGAUGCAGCCACUCAUUCAGUGUUUAGACUCACAGGUUUCAGCUGGAGCGCAACGAACUUGAGUUCAACUACUGGAAAACAAAGCAAAGUCAGACUGAGACAGAAGAUUGGACUUUGUUUUCCUAAGAUUUUUAUUUUUAUUUUUUUUUUCUUCUCAGAGAAGCGAAGAGAAAAUUCAAAGCGAUCAGUUUGGACUUGAUGAGAAAGUCAAGAAGUCCGGCUCUUGGACAGACCAGUGGAAUAUGAUUUGAAUAAAAGGAACGUACAACACUGUUGCUUGCUGACAGAAUGAAUCCACGCUCACUACAUGCUGUCAUGCUGCUGUGGGCUCUGUGCCCCAGUGCGCAGGGCCAGUGUGAUAAAUCACCCGAGACCAACAAACUCAACCUCUCAGUCACCUACGAGCUUCCAACGUUUACUGCAGACUUCCCCAUCCAGAACAUGGUGACACUGGAUGGGAUCAUCUACGUUGGAGCUGUAAACAGAAUCUAUGCCCUGGCCCCGAACCUCACAAAGCUGUCAGAGUACCAUACAGGGCCACUGCUUCCCAACCAGACUUGUGGCCAGACACUGACCAGCAGUGGCAGGGUGGACAACAACAACAUUGCCUUGGUGGUGGAGAACAUUUACGACAAGGGGUUAUACAGCUGCGGCUCGGCAGACAAUGGUGUUUGCCGCCGUCACGUGCUUGAUGAUGACGUUAGCCCGAAAACCGUAGACGAAGAGGUCUACUGUUUCGCUGACAAGGUGAGGCAAGGCAAGGGUCAUCCCAUCGACUCAGAUGUUGUGGUCAGCCCUUCAGGCUCUCAGGUGCUCAAUGUGGAGAGCAACGUCAUCACGUUUUUUGUUGGGAACUCUGAGAUCCCAGGCAUAGGAAACAUAGCAGGCAGUGCAACACACCCCCAUACCAUUUCUCUGCGGAAGAUGAAGACAAGCCAAAAUGGUUUCACUUUCUUCUCCAACCACUCACACAUGGACUUGAUUCCAUCUCUACGUGGAAACUACUACCUGAAAUAUGUUUACUCCUUCCACAGUGGACCAUUCACCUACUUCCUCACAGUGCAACGGGUGAGCAAGGACUCCCAGGCCUACCACACUCGCAUAGUCCGUAUGUGCUCCUCGGACCUUGUGAUCCGCCGUUACGUGGAAAUGCCCCUUGAAUGCAUCAGUACCGAUAAAAGACGACGGCGUUCCACAGAAGAUGUGAAGGUAUUCAACAUACUCCAAGCAGCCCAUGUCACCAAGGUGGGCAGUGACGUUGAGCUGCAGAGACAGCUGAAAGUGGAGGAAGGUGAUGAUGUGCUGUUUGCUGCCUUUGCCCGGGGAAAGCCGAACUCUCCGGAGCCGACCCCUAACUCAGCCGUCUGCAUCAUGUCCCUGAAACACAUCAACAACAUGUUCAAGAUGUACAUGCAGAGGUGCAACACAGUAGACCCAUAUCACUUCACUGGAUCAGACAAGAAGUCCUGCUACAAUGUGACCUCAUCAGACGACUGCGAUGCCCAUGAGGGAAUCCAUGAAGGUAAAGAGGGCAAGUACCACCUGCAGGUGACCCAGUUUGUCCAAAGGUUGGAGUACUGGCACAAAGAGUUGACGAACACCUUGGUUACGUCUAUCACUGUGUUGCCGGUCCAUGGCCGUGCAGUGGCAUACCUGGGCACUGCAGACGGACGGCACAUACAGGUGCUGUUCUCCCGAUUUGCCUCUCCUCAUGUAAACAUCCACCUGGACCCGAGACCUGUGUCUGCCAGUGUAGCGCUGCUGGACACAGAACACUCAGAGGGAGCCCUGCUAAUGGCCACUGGAAACAAGAUUACUAAGGUCCCUCUGAUUGGCCCUGGCUGUGGUCAGCUGACCACUUGUACUUCCUGUUUGUUGGCGUCGCGGGUGACAGAAUGCGGCUGGUGUGAUGGACGCUGCACCAGAGCCAACCAGUGUCCCUCCUUCUCCCACUGGACCCAGGACUACUGCACACCUGUCAUCACUAAGAUUUUUCCGACCUCUGGACCAAUACGAGGCAACACAUUAGUGACAAUGUGCGGGCGCAACUUCGGCUUCGACAAGACGGAGAGCUUCAAGGCUUCUCUGGUAUCAGUGGAAGUAGCGGGAGCUCCAUGCAAACUGCCGAGACAAGACAAUAUCAACAGGUGGACUGAGAUGCACUGUUCCCCAGUAUUCAAUGGAAACUUCACCCCAUCAGGACAUACAGUGAAGGUCAUCAGUGGCCAAAAGGUGGCCAAGAUGGAGGGCUUCACCUUUGUGGACCCUGUGAUUCACGAAAUCUUCCCAACAUUUGGGCCGAAGUCCGGCAACACCAUGCUGACCAUCAGAGGAGCCUUCCUUGAUACUGGAAACAAGCGAGAGGUGAUGAUAGGGAAAGCAGUCUGUAAGAUCCAGAGCUUGUCAUCGAGCAUGCUGACAUGCAAGACACCUCCACACGCUGUUCCCUCCAAGCAACCCGUGAAGCUGACGGUGGAUUCUGUGGAGCGCCUCGCCCCUGUGAUGUUCACCUACAACCAAGACCCCAUCAUCAACAGCAUCCAGCCCUCACGCUCCUUCGUCAGCGGAGGCUGCACGGUGGCCGCUCAUGGCUUCUUUCUCCAGUCCGGCCUCCAGCCCCAGAUGGUCCUCACCACCGGUCAGGAUGCUGAGGUCUUUCAUGUGAGCUGUGUGUAUGGUGAGAACCGGACAUCCAUCCAGUGCACCACACCUUCUCUGGCCAAACUAGCUCUUCAGCCACCCGUUGUCACCAAGGUGGCAUUCGUCCUGGAUGGCUACUCCACAGAGCAGUGGGAUCUGAUCUAUGUCGAGGACCCUCUUUUCCAGGACCCCAAGCUCACCUCAAAGGACAACAAGAGCAUUGUGGAGCUCAAGGGUGACCGGAUGGACAGGGAGGCCAUGAAAUGUCAAGUUCUGACUGUUUCCAACCAUAGCUGUGAGAGUCUGAUUCUAGUUGGAAACACUCUGGAGUGCACAGUGCCCACCGAGCUUCAGGCUGCCCCUGCCAAAGAGCUGCAGGUUGAGUGGCGACAGGCGGACUCCAUCAGGCACCUGGGCAAGGUGACGCUGGCUCAGGAGCAGGACUACACAGGCCUCAUUGUGGGCUGCGUGUGUGUCAGCGCGCUGUUGCUGCUUCUGGGAACUCUGCUCAUGUGGAGGAGGAACAAACACAUUGAUGAUCUGUCUGAGGUGUGGUAUGAUGGCCGGGGUCACAUCCAGCAUCUGGACAGGCUGGCUAAUGCGAGGAGCGUCAGCCCCACUAACGAAAUGGUCUCCCACGAGUCAGUCGACUAUAGAACAACCCUGCUGGAGGAUCAGGGCACUGACAGGCCAGAGACAUGUCGGGCAGCUCCUCCCAUCUAUGGAGGUAAUGGGGAGCUGUUGUCUCCCAGACUGGGGGCACUGGGAGGUGGGAUGGGUCUGGGAAUGGAGGGCGAGCUGGUGUCACCCCUACUGAUGGCCCCAGUCCACAUCGACCCAUCCUGUCUCCACCCAGACCUACUAACGGAGGUGCAGCACGUGGUGAUCGCCAGGGAGCAGCUGUUGCUCCACCUCAACCAGGUCAUCGGCAGAGGUCACUUCGGUUGUGUUUUCCAUGGAACUCUGCUGGAGCCAGACGGCCAAAAGCAGCACUGUGCUGUCAAGUCCCUGAACCGCAUCACAGAUCUGGAAGAGGUGUCCCAGUUCCUGAAGGAGGGGAUCAUCAUGAAGGACUUCAGCCACCCCAACGUUCUCUCUCUGCUGGGGAUCUGCCUGCCGCCAGAGGGUUCACCACUGGUGGUUCUGCCCUACAUGAAGCAUGGCGACCUGCGCAACUUUAUCCGAGAUGAGGGACAUAACCCGACAGUGAAGGAUCUGAUGGGCUUCGGGCUGCAGGUGGCCAGAGGAAUGGAGUAUCUGGCCAGCAAGAAGUUUGUCCAUCGAGACUUAGCUGCCAGGAACUGCAUGCUGGAUGAGAGCUACACGGUGAAGGUGGCAGACUUCGGCCUGGCUCGAGACGUUUAUGAUAAAGAAUAUUACAGUGUCCACAACAAGAGUGGAGUCAAGCUGCCCGUCAAAUGGAUGGCUCUGGAGAGUCUGCAGACACACAAGUUCACCACCAAGUCGGAUGUGUGGUCGUUUGGCGUGUUGCUAUGGGAACUGAUGACCCGUGGAGCCCCACCAUAUUCUGAUGUGAACUCCUUCGACAUCACCGUGUUCCUCUUGCAGGGGAGGAGGCUGCUGCAGCCUGAGUUCUGUCCUGAUGCCCUCUACACGGUGAUGAUCGAGUGCUGGCAUCCAAAGCCAGAGCGGCGUCCCUCCUUCUCCGAGCUAGUGGCGCGCAUCUCCGCCAUCUUCUCCAGCUUCAGCGGGGAGCACUACGUGCUGCUCAACACCACCUACGUCAACAUCGACAAGAUGAGCCCUUACCCCUCCCUCCUCGCCUCCACCUCCACCGGCACCACCGCCUCCUUCUCUUCGUCUUCCUCAUCGGACCCCACCACCUCCACGUCCCUGCCCACCCAAUCCCCCCUCUUUUGCCACGUGGAGAGGGAAUGCUGCACCUGAGAGAGGGAUGAAUGGCAGGUGGGAAAAAAAAGACUCAGAAAUUGAGAAAAUGAGAGGCGGGGGAAGAAAAGCAGUGAAGUGAUGAAGAACUACUGUAUGUACUUGCCAAACACUGGACACUGUAUGCUGAGGAAAAACACAGUUUUUUGCAGCUUUGACUGUUCACUCAAUGUACAUAGAUCAUCGACCUUUGACCUUCUAAAGCAUCCCCAAACGACUGGGUCCUCCACGAACUAUAGGUCUGACUAUAUCGACCCUUCUGACCUUUCAUCGACCCCGGGGACCAUGAGGUCAGCCUUCCUGUGUCCUCGACAAGACGAUGACAAGACCCGGAAACUCCUCCUCGAAGACUCCCAGUGGACAAAGUCACUGUCGCAGAAGCACAAAACUAUUCGUCAAACACCCACAAAGUCUGAUUGACUGCUGUGCCCACACAGGGAGAGGAUAGAUUUUAUGUUUCUGCUCUCCCCCGGGUGGCAUGUGCUUCGAUACGCGGAUGUGGCUUGGACCUAUUUUCACCGUCUGUAAUGUGAAUGUCUGACAAAUGGCCAUAUAUUGUGUCGUGUAGAAAAUGUCACACCUCCACACACCAUAAACAAGACUAUGUGCCACCCUAUAUGCAUGCCCUGCGUCUGCACUCAGAGAAUGAAGUCUGUUUUUGAUAGAUUGUGGCGCCUCGGGUAAGUAAACCAAGGCUCUCUGGAGGUUGGUAACAGGGGAAGGGCAGUGUAGGUGUGAGGUGGGAUGUAAAAAAAAAGCAAAUCUGCUGCCUGCGUGCAGUUCACUGGAUGCUUUAUUUGUAAAAUCAUCUUUGGACGAUUAGCUUUUGAUGUGCUUGGAAAAAAAGAAAUCUGUCUCGCAGCCUUGCCGUGACUCACCUGCGUUAAAACCUCAGAUGUUUUCAAGUGAAAAGGGUUAGAAACACCUUGUUUUUAAACCUGAAAUGUCCCGUCAUGUCAAAACAGUACAACUUUAACAACAGGCACAUGCCUGAAAGCUUUGUGGUUUCCUUGGACGGGAGAAGGAGAGCAAAUAGGAACCAUGUCCUUUUUCUUUGUCAGUUGAUCAAUUCCUCAAGUUGCUUACUGUGUGUCAGAUCUGUGUCUGUUUUCUAUAACUUCCAUUUUAUCGACAGAGAACAUUCUGUAACUGAUAAAAUGAUAACUAGACAAAGGGCAUGAGGGUUUACAGCCUGAAAGGUUUUAACUCAUGUUUAACCUAAAAGUUCAUCUAUAACAUUUUAUUAAUUCAAUAUUGUUUGGUCAGCAUUUCAACAAAGAGCUUGUUGUAUGUCCCUGAAGAUUUCACAAGCCUCAAGUUAAACCUUUACCUCAGAGGGUCUCCGCGUUCAUCUGGGUUCAAACCACAUGUUAUUGCGUGACUAUCAGUGAAAGCUGUGUAUCACUGCAUCUUUACGACAACUGUGCGUUAAGUCAUUAUGAAGAAUUAUUGUAAUGUUAAAAGAGCAUACUAGUCUGUUUGCAAAUUAUCUUAACUCACAAAUAAUUUGUACUUUUGUUGACCAUUUUUCAAAGCAUGCUUUACAGUUUGACACCGGCUUCCGUUCAUUCCUGUGCAAUACGAAACUUGCUUGAGACUGCAAGUCAUCACAGUUAACUACAUAAUGAUAACUACAUAACAACUAUGUAAUGUUUUGUCAGUGAUAUAUUAUUGUUGUGCAGCUAAAGUGCAGAUAUGUGUACUACAUUACAUCAUACUGUAAUGUAGAGAUGUGCCAAAUGAUCAUAUCAACUACUGACAAUUUCAUCAUAUCAUGAAUAGAUGAAUGCCAAUUUUUUAACCUCUGAGGAUUUCUCUUGGCAGAGGUGGAGCAACAUAUAUUAAUAAAUUGUAUAAAAAUCCUUGUCAGUUUGCUGUAGUAAUCUACUACUAAAUUCCUAAAUAUGAAUUUUACAUUUUUUUAUGGCUAAUAGAAAAUAGCGAAACAUGAGCUUCAUUCAGUUCAUUUCAUGUGUGGAUGGAUUGCACAGAUACAAAGCAAGUUUCCGGAGUCUGAUUUUGUACAGAAAUGAACGGAAGCUAACGGCUAAAAUAUGUACAUCAAAUUCUCUAUAAUACAUUAGCAUGUUUUACAGUUCUUUGCUGUGAUGCAAAGUAAACUAUUUGUUUUGAAUGGGUUAAAACUUGCAAACCCCUGAUGUGAUCAAUGCCCCCUUUUCUCUUUGCUUUGUGUAGCAGAUUAUGUUUCUGUUUUUUUUUGUUUUUUUUAUCUGAAUGGCUGCUGAUAUGACUGGGCCAUUGACGGACAGGUAUGAAUGUUUGCUAUGACAAGAAAAUUGCUGUACUAUAUUUUUGUAUUGAUGAUGAGCCUCGUCUUUUAAAUCUGGUCCAAUCAGAAGACCAGCGGUGAGUGAAUAGUGCCACGAACAAUGAACAAAGCCUGAUUGACCCGUUGUUUUUCAAGAGGAACCACUGCCAUUUUGUAAAUACAGAGAAGGGAUCCUGGGGGUCUGUGUGGGUGUGCAGCAUGCGGAUGUGCUGCACGUCCGUCUGAUAAACGUGUGAGUGGAUGCUCAUACAGCUUGUGAUUUAUAACUGCGAGAUCAUUGGGCAAACACCUUACAACCCACACGAUACUCAAAGACUGCUGUCACUUUGAUCAUGUGAUUCUCCACCACUUUGUCUGUGCUUAACACUGUCUGUUCUGUGUGGGUGUAUGUAUGAAAAAAAAUAUCCUGAAGGUACAUGUUCCUAUGUGAUGUCAAAUCAACUUUGUCAGUGUAAUAAAGCUAUACUAUCAGAGCUAACUCUUCUCCUUUGUUUU